AUGUAUCAUGGUACAAUUAUUGCCAUGGGCCCACAUGGGAUGGCCCGUCCCUAUUGGUACAUUGUCACCCUCGGCUGCCCGUCUGAGACGGGUGAAUUCACUGAAGGGGCUCACACUAGUGCUUGUCAAGCCACGAAGGAUGCUAAGGAUGUGCUGUUGGCAUUGGAAGAUGUCUUAUCCUUUAUUUUGGUGAAUGGCAUGAAAUUGGAGAAGUUGCUUCUCGAAGGUGAGGAACUUGCUGAGCAACUGCAAAAUGACUAUGGCUUAUCUGCCAAACAUUACCAUGCCAGUAUCUUGGCCCAUGCGUGGGAUAUUAUUAUAUAUGUACAGCCAUCUCGUAAAUUUUCAUCUCGCUUUACUUAUCAGCUCAUUAUAUGUGUCAUAUCAAUGGCCCCUCCCAAAUGGACGUCUGAUGAACAAGAGGAAUGGCUAAAACCAUACUAUGAAGCAGUUCCUUGUAAAGCAAAGAACUUUUUUGUGGACCUUUAUGAAAACUGGUUUGAGGCCUUUCCUGAGCCGAGGCUGACUGGGGUCACAGCAUUAGGGCCUAUGACGUUGGAGGAGCUUAAUGAAAUGAAAUUAGCAGAAGACACCCGAAAAGUGAAAUUGCACAAUCGGUUCAAAAAUAACUUUGGGGCGACAAAGGCAGGCAGAAAGGCAAAAGCCCACGCCACCAACAUUAUCGAUGCUGUGGUUCAGAAGAUUACUGAGUGUGAAAAACCGACUCGUAGGCUUCAGGAACAAGAGGCUUACUCUAAGCUCUACUACUGUGAUUGCAUCAAGCCUACCAUACAAGAAAAGCUCGCAGCAGUCAAGGAGGAACGGAAGCUAACCAAUGGAGAAUGGGUCGCACCUGUCAAGAAGGAAACCGCUGCACUAUACAUCAACGAGAUGCCCAAAGUCAAAGCACGAGUGAAGGAAUACCUUGAGGAACAGAAGCAGCAAAAAGUGCAGGACAAAGAGGAAGGGCUGUGGAGUAAGUCGGAGGCUAAUCAAUCACAAAAUUUGGACAAACUGGCUGCUGUCGCCAACAAGUUUUUAAAGGGUCUGGCAGAUGCGACUGGGAUGUCCUUCUCACUUCUCGCUGGCGGUCCAUCCCCCGAGGCACAAGGCCAGAUUGACGUGUACAGUUUUCACAUUGGCUUAAUGAAACACAACAACGACUUCAGUAUGGCAUAUCCGGGGUUUGAGCGUGGUGUCAUGGGGCCUUUCCGUGAUUUCUUGUGUCGCGUAUAUGACAAGGAUCCUGGCCUUUUAACGUCUGCUCAGGAGUCGCAAGAUAUAUCGGACAGACCAGUAUCCAUUCAGGAUGUAUCGCCCAUCAUGGCUGCAUCACCAACAUCCAGCAGAAUAUAUCCGAUGACUGGACAGUCAUCCCCGUGGGAUGUAUCAGCAGUUCAGGACUUCUACUCUAGUGGCUCUGCUACCUUUGGAGGUGAGACACCAUACUGGGCUACUCCAGAGUUUGAUUCUGUUCUUGGCGCAAUGCUGCAGACUCAGUCCAAGUCUCAUGGACAGCAGGAACCUCCUGUUAUGCUUCCCUUUGCCCCUUUUGACAGUUGGGACACCACUUCUUUUCCGUUGAUGCCUGGUAUGGCACCCGAUGACCUACUCGCUGACGCUUCUCCCCGCACAACCUCCACUACACUUCCUGAUGGGGUCCUGCCUCCAAUUUCGCCUGCUGCGCUUGUUACCCAAGCAGGACCCACUUCUCCCAUUUCCACUGCACCUGCCGUUGCACCUGUCCUGCUUCCCACUUCUCCAGCUGCGCUUGUUACCCAAGCGGGUUCUACUUCUCCCAUUUCAACAGCACCUGCUGUCGCACCUGUCCUGCCUCCCAUGUCUCCUGCAGCGCUUGUUACCCAAGCGGGAUCUACUUCUCCUAUUUCCACUGAACCUGCCAUUGCACCUGUCCUGCCUCCCACUUCUCCCACGGCGCUCCUUACAGGAUCUACUUCUGCCACUCCCACUAUUCCUACUACACCUGCUGUUGUAUCUUCAGAGACGGCCCCAGACCCUACUAUACAACCAUCUGUCACGCCUGCUGUCACAACUACAUUGGUCGAGAAGAACAGAAACCACGAGGAUGGGCGUCGUAGGACCAGUCGCAAGUCUAAACCGUCAACACGUAAUGACGUCGCCAACUCAAUUGGUCACCUAGGAAAGGAGAACGUGCCUCCUAAGCCAUCCGCAAAGUGUCGUCUGGCCAAGGAUGCAUCAAGCCACAGUGCAAAAUCCAAUGAGCAGGAAGGCGAAGGUGUGAUCUACUAUUCCUGA